AUGGAAGCUUUGAAUAAAGCAAAUACAAGCUUUGCCCUCGACUUUUUCAAGCUUGAGUGUCAGGAAGAUGGUAACAAGAAUAUUCUGUUCUCCCCUUUGAGUAUUUCAACUUCCUUGGCUACUGUUUAUUUGGGAGCCAAAGGUAACACUGCCGAUGAGAUGGCAAAGGUACUUCACUUUAACAAAGCUGAAGGAGCCAGAAAUGUCACCACAACCAUAAAAAUGCAAGUCUAUUCCAAAACACAAGAGCAUCUAUCAAAUCGAUGUGCCUGUUUCCAGAAGACAGAAAUAGGUAAAACAGAUAAUGUUCAUCCUGGGUUUAAAGCACUCAACUUUGAAAUCAACAAACCCACGAAAAAUUACCUGCUGAAAAGUGUCAACCAGUUAUAUGGAGAAAAAACAUUGCCUUUCAGUAAGGAAUACUUACAGUUAGCCAAGAAAUACUACAAUGCAGAGCCCCAACCAGUUGACUUUGUGGGAGCAGCAGAUGAAAUCAGAAGAGAGAUCAAUUCAAAGGUUGAACAUCAGACUGAAGGUAAAAUCCAAAACUUGCUGCCUCCUGGAUCCACUGAUUCGCUCACCAGACUAGUGCUGAUAAAUGCGCUCUACUUCAAAGGAAACUGGGCAACAAAGUUCAAAACUGAAGCUACCAGGCAAAGGCCUUUCAGAAUAAACACGCAUACAACUAAACCAGUGCCAAUGAUGCAUGUGAGUGAUAAAUUUAACUGGACCUACGUGGAAUCAGUCCAGACUGAUGUUCUUGAGCUUCCAUAUGUCAACAAUGACCUCAGCAUGUUUAUCCUGCUACCAAGUGAUGUCAGUGGCCUACAAAAGCUAGAACGAGAACUGUCUUUUGAAAACUUGUCUGCAUGGAUGAGCCCAGAAUUAAUGGAGAAAAUUAAAACGGAGGUUUAUCUGCCCAGGUUCACGUUAGAAGAGAAAUACAACCUCAAAUCUACUUUGAGCAGGAUGGGGAUACAAGAUGCCUUCACUGAAAGUCAAGCUGAUUUCACAGGAAUGUCAGAAAACGGUGAUCUGUUUCUGUCACAAGUUUUCCACAAGUGUUACCUGGAAGUCAAUGAAGAAGGCACAGAGGCAGCAGCUGCUAGUUCAGCAUCACUGGCAUCGCGAAGCCUUGGUGCUGCUAUUAUUUUUGUGGCAGAUCACCCUUUCCUCUUCUUUAUCAGACAUAACAAGACUAAGAGUAUCCUCUUCUUGGGAAGGUUCUCUUCACCCUAG